GGCUUUUGGAGUCUGCCUCCGAGCGCGUGUGUGUUUGUGUGUGUGUGUAUGUUGGAAGGAGAAAAGAGAUAAAGAGAGAGAGAGAAAGGGAGGGAGAGGCAAGCGGCGUUUAUUCUCCCCCCUUUAGCCUCCCCGUCUCCCUGCUCCCUGUCACUCCAUCCUUCCUCCCCUCUCCUGGACCACCCUCCAGCCCCGCUUCGAGCCGGACCGAGACCCCCUACCACCCAGACCACCCCGGGACCCUUUGACUCUCCUCACUUCUCCGUCCCACCAGCCACAACCUCUGAGCAGGGAUUCCACUCGGGUCCUCUCCUCUCUCGGAGUGCUGUCUGUGAACAUCUCAACCGCACAAUAUCCACUUAACCCAGCUGCCACGCUUAAUUUGAUCUAAAUAAGCUUCUGCUGACCAGGCGCAGCAAAGUCCAUCAGCCAGACGUCCAGUCACCUCAUUCUGCUGAAAGGCUGAUAGCCACAGGUCACAUGACCUGGAAGAAAAAGCCUUGGAGACUUUUGGGAUCCCUCUUUGCAUGGACUGGUUAUCAACCUGAAGGGAAAUCCAAAGGCUGAUGAACUGAUCCGUGUCUGUGUGAGACCACAUUGCUCUGGUGUCCUAUAUGCACUGCGAACACACCACGCAGGGCAACUCUGGUGACUGGCUGGCUGGAAUACCACCGCACUCCUUCUCCUUCUGAGGACAUCCUACUGCUGGACCACCAGUUUUUCCUCCCCCAGCAUGGAGCCAACAAAAGUCCAGUCAGAGGGUGGCCUCAAUGUCACCCUGACCAUCCGCCUCCUCAUGCAUGGAAAAGAGGUUGGAAGUAUAAUUGGAAAGAAAGGAGAAACAGUAAAAAAGAUGCGAGAAGAGAGUGGAGCGCGAAUCAAUAUUUCUGAGGGCAACUGUCCAGAGAGGAUUGUUACCAUCACCGGACCAACGGACACCAUCUUCAAGGCUUUUGCUAUGAUUGCCUACAAAUUUGAAGAGGACAUAAUCAAUUCCAUGAGCAACAGUCCAGCAACUAGCAAGCCUCCUGUCACCUUAAGGCUUGUUGUGCCAGCCAGCCAGUGUGGCUCCCUCAUAGGGAAAGGAGGCUCCAAAAUCAAAGAAAUGAGAGAGUCCACAGGGGCCCAGGUCCAGGUAGCAGGCGACAUGCUGCCCAACUCCACAGAACGUGCAGUGACAAUCUCUGGGACCCCAGAAGCCAUCAUCCAGUGUGUCAGACAGAUCUGUGUGGUUAUGCUGGAGUCCCCACCAAAAGGUGCCACUAUCCCUUACCGCCCAAAGCCCACCUCCACCCCUGUCAUUUUUUCUGGUGGCCAGGCCUACACAAUUCAGGGACAGUACGCCAUACCACACCCAGAUCAGUUGACCAAGCUCCACCAGUUGGCUAUGCAGCAAACCCCCUUUACCCCUCUCGGACAGACCACCCCUGCUUUCCCUGGUUUGGAUGCCAGUCCACCAGCCAGCACCCAUGAACUCACCAUUCCUAAUGAUUUAAUAGGGUGCAUUAUUGGACGCCAGGGCACCAAAAUAAAUGAGAUUCGACAGAUGUCUGGGGCGCAGAUCAAAAUUGCAAAUGCCAUGGAGGGCUCAUCAGAGCGUCAGAUUACCAUCACAGGGACCCCCGCUAACAUCAGCCUGGCCCAGUAUCUCAUCAAUGCCAGGCUGACGUCUGAAGUCACUGGAAUGGGCACACUCUAGUUUCAACCCAUCUUUCCUCAGUGCAUCACAUGACCCUUGAGCGAAUGAAUGGCAUUGUACCUAAUUUAUUGGUUUCUCUGUGUUUGGUAUUUUUUAAGUGACUUUAACUUUGAUUAUUUAUAGUAUAUAGUGUAAACAUGUGUAUCUGCACUGUUGCUAGGACUCCUCACACCUCGUUUUACGUUUUUGAAAGGUUUUACUCCACUCUAGCAUCUUCCAUGCCAUCUCAUGCACUACAUCACUGUGUUGUAUUUCGCGUUUUAUAAGACAUCACCAUACUCGUUCUUUUGUAAUGCAGGCACCUGAAAGUAAACACAAAGUAAACCUAAGUAUUGGUUUAACAAUUUACAAUGAGGUUGUCCCUCCUCCAGCCCCACAUCCUUUUACACUGACCCAUUUUUUAGACUGCUAGCUGGGACAAUACAUUAAUCAACAUAAAAGUUCAGCAGCUAUAUCAUUUACUUUAUUCCAAAUCAUUUCACACUGAUUUCAUGAUUGAUGAAAUUAGUGCUCUACUUUGUGCCUGUAGACAUUUGCCUGUUCGUCCUAGCAUUGUAUGUACACUAUAGAAUGAUCUGCAUGACGCACAAACCAGACUACAUUUCACAUUCAUUUUCAAAUCAAACAGGUGGAACCAAACGGAAAUGGAAGAGUGAAAGGGAUGGGUGUAUCACUCUGACUCCAGUCUGAAAUGACCGAGGGUGUGAGCCAGAACAAAAAAAAAAAAAAAAAAAAAAAAGGAAACCGUGCUAAUGCAUAAAUAUUAGCCUUUCUGAGUUUCUCGUGAGACCUGACAGAAAGCUGGGAUAGAAAAAUGAAAAUAUAUCAAGAAAAUGACUGGAGCAACAAGUGAAAUUCAAAUGCAUGCGAUGAAUAAAGCCCUUUUUAUUCACCUAUACUCCACCACCAUAUUUACAUUAUUCAUGUCGUCAUGUCAUAGCUACUGUGUACAAGCAGCAUGGGCCAUAUGGAGCGAUUUCAGAAUUCUCUAGUGUAUAUUUGCGCUCACAUGUAGCUCAUGUAAAGAUUUCAUUGUAAAUCACAAGAGCUGAAAAGCUCAUGGGUAGUGUCCUUGAAGACACUUGUUACAAAGUGGUAGGAAGCAAGCCAUUUUAGAAACAGAAAGUGUAGAGUAUUACUGGUAAGCAUGCAUGAAACGUUGGGAUAUUGAAAACACUGAAAGCAUAUUUUUCAAUUUAAGUAUUUACACAUGAUUCAGUUGAUAGCCGUGCUUACAUACACGUAUGUAUAACUCUCUGCAGCUGCCAUCUAAUACAGAGAGUACUGUGGGUGACUGUACUGAUUUUAUGGUAUGUGUUCACAGGGGCGUUUCUGGAAGUAAGCAGCUGCACUCAGAACUUGCCACUAGGUAGUGUCAGUGUCCAUAUGAACAUCUGACAAUCUCCUACUGGAUUUUAAUUAUGACCCAUAUGCCAGCUUGCUUAAUUUGACCAACAUUAUAGAAACAGUGGGACCCAAGAAAUAAGCCAAGUAUAUCAUAUAUUUAGUUUCGCACCAGUUCUUUCUGUUGAAAGGUAAACACAGGAUAGUAGAAAAUAGCCACAACAAUCUGAAAAAUUGCUAUAAGCAAGCACUUAGCGCUGGUGGGGAGGAAAAACUCCCUUUUUGAAAGGAGGAAACCUCAGAUCCAAACUUAUGGAGGGGCAGUCAUCAGCAAUUAUUAUUUGACAAUGAUUAUGAAUUCUGGCAUGAGUUUCCAGGGCUGAUGAGUCAUGCCACUGUGGCGUUAUAUGUAUAAGUGCAUCCCUACACAUUGGGUCCAAAUUACUCCAACAAAAUGUCUACAGUGUUUCCAUUACUCCCACCUACAAUAUCUUUUGACUGGUAUGACACAUCACAGCACAUCAGGCUAAAAUAUUUUUCAGAAUAGAAAUACUUUCAGCUGCAUACAUGAUCCCUGGUGGUAAUAAAGAUAUGCUUAAUUGUUGUUAGGAUGAUGAAGAGGACCUGGCCCAAAAGGUUUGAGAAUCCAAGGUCUGGUAGCAUCAACGGGAAUAUUGAUGCUACCAGAAAUGAAAGAUCCUGUGAACAUGUACCAUUAUCUCUAAAUGGACACACAACUUUUGGCCCUGUUGCUCAAUCUGAAGCUGAAUGUACUUCAAAUAUGUGUUUUUAACUAAUAAUUUCAUGUCACACUGGGCUAUAGUAAUUACACGGGUAUAUUUUCAAUCAGGUGCAUCAAAGCUAAAUGAUGUAAACAAUUAUUUAGCAAACGUUUUUGAACGUUACAAGGUUAAGAAGGUCACCCUCAAAUGAAGUCUGUUUCAAAUGAUGUAUUAAAUAAUUACCAUAUUAUUACACUAGAUACAUACAAUAUUACAUGCUGAAAUUAUUUUUCAUUAUGGUAAAUAAAAAAUGUAAGCCUAAAUGUUCCUGUAUUUUCUGCAAGAAAAAAAUUUAUUUAGCAAGUGCAGCGCUUGUUUCAGCUUGUGUAGGCUAUAAGAUCAAAACUAGGGGAUACCUUCAUGUGUCAUGUGACUGAAGAUUGUUUUGGGGGGAUAUUUUUACCUUUUUUGAUAGCUGAGGUAGAUAUAGGCAAGAAAUGCUGAAAAAGAUAGGACGUGCAACUAUUACAUUUUUUUCUCAAUCCCACUCUUUCAAAAAUUCUGACUAUAUUACAAUAAUUACACAAUUUACUUACAAAGUGUUCAUACAUGUAUGCAUAAAUCUUAUAUGAACUAUUGGUCGGGCCAUUACAAAUUUGGCCCAGGUCCUGAGUAUUUGGAUAGAAUGGAUUAUAUAUGGGUUAUUACUUUUGAGUAUAGAGUCAGUGAUAUUGUUUUGUUACAUUUCACAUCUUUACACACUUACAUUGUGAAUGUAUCUCUCUACAUUGUACAUUAUCACUCAUCUGGCUGCAUUCAGAUGAACAAAUGGAGCACUCACUGAUUGAAGGCUGAUGCGUUUUAAACAUUGUGUUCAUGUAAAACUGUUCUAACUGUAAUUACUUGAGCAGAGUGGGUAAAAAUUGUUCACAUUACUAUGAGAUUUUGAUAUCAGGUAUAUAGCUGCCUGUUGUCAAAAAAGACUUGCAGAAAUAUUUUGCACUAGCACUAAAAAGACCAAUGCAGCAGAUGUUACAGACCACACAAUGUCUAAAAUAUUACAUGGCAACCAUCUGCCUCAAAUGUUCAACAAAACAAAAGAAGCUAAUGUGAACAGUUUAUGUGGCACACGGAGGCUAACCACCUAUUCCACUUCUCUAUAAUCUAGCCAUUAAUGUGUUUAUUUUUUCAUGUUGCACAAUAAUGGUUGUGCUUGUAGGUUCAGGGUAUCUGCUGGUUGUGUGCACAGAGGUCAACCAAGAUGCAGCCCCUUACAACUUUGCAAACAACUCAGUUGCCUUUUUGAUUGCCAUACUUUUCUCAUUUAUGCUCAUGGCAUCAUUCAUGUUCUCUUCACCCUAAAAUGCUCUGUAUGUCGUCCACCUAUUGUUUUGUUGCUUUUGUUGAUAAACCGAGUCAACACCUUUUUUUCUGUGCUAGAGCAGCAAAAAGUUAAAGGUUAGCACUGAGGUAAUAUAUGAUGUACGUAGUUUGGUGCUGUUUGAGGAAAUGUGUCAGAUCAUGUUUAAAGUUGAUCAUUUGCACCAUGAAGGUCAGUAUUGGAUCUAUUAUUUGUUGGGGUUGAUUCUGAAAUGUUUUGUAAAAAGAUGAUAAUAAAGUUUGUGUUUUUUUCCCUUGA